AUGCGGACAGUUAACCGUGAAAACCCGCCCAAGCCCUGCGGGGUCUUUGAGACCGAGAUAAAGAAGAUGGUCCAAGAUAAGCUUGGGGAUCCAGAUGCGGUUCUGGCCAACCACUCAAUGCGAGCGUGCAGAGUAUUCGUUUGUGCCACGGCCCAAAAGUCGGCCGGAGAUGUCUGCUUUCGGAACUUCGAGUCCAGUCGCUUCUCCCCAGUUGGCAACGUCAAGAUCUAA